GGAGGGAGAAAGAGGGGCCUCCUCCUAGUUGCUAGGGCAACUUGACAUCACAGUGACGAUUUCCUCCAUUUAAAAGCUUUUAACCGGAUCCCUCUCCUGCCCUAGGGCCCAUUUUGAGUCCUCUUUCAGCUAAGCUCGGGGGAAGGGCACAGCACAGGCAGAGCGGUGUGUGACUGUUUGCAACCACAUUCCACUAACAUAAUGCUAGACAGCAGAGAAGGGCUUCAAACUAAACCGUUUUUGGGGCCUAUUUUUGUUUACAGAACCAAAACAGGAAGAGAGUGCUUUUGAGAGGGCUUUCAAAAUGGCUGCAGAGGAGAGUUUUAGUUACCUCAUUCCGGGCCACAGCGAGAAGCACAGAAGGGCCCGAAACUGGACCGAUGCAGAGAUGAAGGGGCUUCUGUAUGUAUGGGAACAGAAUGUCGCCGAGCUGAAGAAAUGUAAGAGGAACGCCAAGAUCUACGAGAAGAUGGCCCAGAGGUUCUUUGAGCUCACUGGAGAACAACGCCACCGGGAGGAGAUAAAGAUGAAAAUCACCAACAUGUCUUUCCAGUACAGGCAAGUGAAAAUGAAGUGCACAACCAAUGGGAGCGGUGGGACACCCGACUGGCCGUACUACAAAGCAAUAGAGAAGCUCCUCACCAAGACUGACGACAAUGGGACUAUGAACUCGUUUGAGCUCCAGUCUCCUGGCCCGUCCACCUCCACAGAGGCCUCAAUGUCCCAUGCAGAGGGCCUCCCCACGGGCUUCCUUCCGGAGUACACAGGCUCCUCGGACGAAAUGGAGAUGAGGAAGGACCUAAUUGGAUGGGAGAGCUCUGGCAGCCUGCACUCUGGACUUCCCUGUCCCGAUUCCCACCCGACGCCGGCCAAGAGGAAGAAAGUGCACCAGCACCUGUCUCUGAAGCGGCGGAAGCUGAAGGUGAUGGAGGCCAUGCUGCAGGAGCAGCGGAAGGUGAGCCGGGCGGUGGAGGAGACAUGCCGCGAGGUGCGCCGCGUCAUGCACCAGCAGAACUUCCUCCAGGUGCAGAGCCUGCAGCUCCAAGAGCGCAUGAUGAACCUGCUGGAGAAGAUGAUCCAGCCACUGACGACCCCCACGCCAGCCUGGGGUGCUGCUGCCCAGCCUGGGGUCAAAGAGCCAGGCCAGGGAUGAAGGGUCCAGAGUGAGGGGUCAAGGAGGGUGGUGGUGGUGGUCAGGACUCCCUAAAAACACGCCUCUUCGAUACAAGUGACUUUUCGUAGCAGGUUAGGUGCUGCAUUUCUCCCUAACCUUAACCUAAUUAUCCUUACCUGCUACAUUAAUUAUCCUAACCUGCUGCGUAAGUUCUCCUAACCUACUAUGAAAAGACAUAGCUGUAUCGAAAUUGCGUCCCGGUGGUGCUCACUAUAUAGCUAUGCUAGAAAAUAAAUGCCAUAUGCUACAUGACUAUGUGUUAUAUGCUACAUGGCUAUGUGUUAUAUGCUACAUGGCUAUGUGUUAUAUGCUACAUGGCUAUGUGUUAUAUGCUACAUGGCUAUGUGUUAUAUGCUAUAAUAUGGCUAUGCUUCACCUGGUGUAUGGCACUUUUUAACAACUGAUUGAGAGUAAAUAAUGUCAAUCUCACCCUAACCUUACCCCUGACCUGAAUGCUCAAUGGCAGAGAGAGGAAAAAGCAACUUGCUCAUCAGUGCUGAGGCCGGUUUUGUCCUUUCUAGCAUGGCUAUCUAGUGGUUGCUGUGAGAGAGUGAGAGGUCAGGCGUGACGGUUCAGAGGUGUAUGGCUGAGGCUGCUUUAAGACAAGUUCCACCAUUCAUUGAUCGUUUUGAGCGAUAUCUACAUGCUAGGAAAAUACUGUGCUUAUUGACAUUAACAAAAGACAACGUUUGUCCACAAAUUCUAUAUUUUAAUGACAAAAGGCAUGGGCAUUUGGUGUUGUAUCACUUAUUUUUUCAUGUGUGUCCUGCUAUGGUGUAUGCAUCUUCCAACUAGCAUAGCCUACUUGUUUGAAAUGUAUGACUGAAAUAAAAACAUAUGUUCUGUUGUCA